UGUAGCCGCCACCGUUAGCUCAGCAGUAGCUAGUCAGCCAUUGGCCGGUGAGAGCCUGAGCAUCCUUCUAGAAAAACACCACUUAGAGUAAAAGAUACGGACUGCACUAAACGCUGCUCAGCCAACGUUAAACACGACAGAGGCAACCUCUUUGAAGACAAAGAGUAUAAAGAUGCCUUCAGCUACAGUUGGCAACAAUGCUCUCCAGUCUGCCAUUCCAGACCUGGGAAAUGGAAGUCAAUCCGAGGCCAUGAAGCAGAUUCUUGGUGUGAUGGACAAGAAGGUCCGCAAUAUGGAGAAGAAAAAGUCCAAACUGGAUGACUAUCAGGAGAAGAAGAACAAGGGAGAAAGACUGAAUCAGGAUCAGCUGGAGGCUUUGUCGAAGUAUCAAGAGAUUAACAACAACCUUGAGUUUGCUCGAGAGCUGCAGAAGAGCUUCCUGGCAUUAGGCCAAGAGAUUCAAAAGGCGGUGAAGAAGACUGCGAGACGGGAACAGCUGCAGCGAGAAGAGACUGAACAACGGCGGCUGAAGACGGUUUUGGAGCUUCAGUAUUUACUGGACCAGUUGGGAGAUGACAGUGUCAGACAGGACCUUAAACGGCCUGAUGCCACUGGCGCCCCUUUGCUCAGCGACGCUGACCUCACGUCCCUCGAUGAGUUUUACAAAUUGGUGGGACCUGAUAGGAACUAUGACAUCAGGUUGACUGACCAAUAUGAGGAGGCCUCACUACACUUGUGGGAACUGCUUGAAGGCCGAGAGAAGGCUGUGGCAGGGACCACAUACAAGGCACUGAAGGACACUCUGGACAAAGUGCUGUCGAGUGGUUACUUUGACAGAGCGCAGACCCAUCAAAAUGGGACAUGUGAAGCAGAGGAGGUACAAGAGGAGCAGAUUGUGGUGGCUGAGUCUAAGGCUGGGGAGCAGCCGUCAGAACCUGAAGGAUUAACUAGUGAAAAAUACACAGAGCCAAUUAAAGUGGAAACCACAGAGUUUGUAAACAGACAGUUCAUUCCAGAAACUACAUACAGUAGUACAGAAAAAGACCAAGUGGAGGAGUGGACUGUGGAGGCUCAGAUGGUGAAUUCCCUCCAGCACCAGCCCCCCGCCCAGCUGGCUCCAGAACCAACUGUUACUGUGAACCAAGUCUCUCCUGCUCCUGCAACUGACCCAGUGGUCAGAAAGCAGGCAGUACAAGACCUCAUGGCCCAGAUGCAAGGGACGUACAACUUCAUGCAGGACUCCGUGUUGGAGUUUGACGGCCAGGCUCUGGACCCUGCCAUCGUGUCUGCCCAGCCAAUGAAACCUGUGCAGACUGUUGACCUGCAGCAGAUGGGAGGCCCUUCAAUCCACUCAGAGUCCAGACUUCCUCAAACAACUACAGUGUCUGGACCACAGGAAUCCUCACAAACCUCACUGUCUCUGUCAUCUGAACAGUCUCCCGCCCCAAGUUCCCUGUCCUCUGCCUUCCCACCUGUCUCCAAACCCACCCACACUGGAGGCAUCAAUGUCAACGCAGCACCUUUCCAGUCAGUGCAAGCGGUAUUUAAUUUGAAUGCACCUGUACCUCCUGAUGGCCAAGCAGACCCUCUGAAGCAGCAAAGCCAGUUCCCCAGUGGCUAUGGACAGGGUUUCAGCAGCCAGUCAGAGAAUACUGUAGACCAGCCUGACAUCCCACAGGAAAGGUUACAGUCAGUUGUUGGUGGUUUCCAGCCCCAAGACCAGGUCAUGCCCUCAGCAGGAGGUCAUGAAGAUGCCUCUCCAGGUGCAGGGUUUGGGCAGCCUGGCCAGUCCUUUUACAAUGCCAGGGCUGUACCCAGGGGUGGACCGAGGAACUCUCGUGGCAUGAUGAAUGGGUAUCGGGGCUCCUCCAACGGAUUCAGAGGAGGAUAUGAAGGCUAUCGCCCUCCUUUCUCAAAUGCUCCCAGCAGUGGUUACGGUCAAACCCAGUUCAACACAUCUCGGGACUAUUCCAAUAGUACCUACCAGCGGGAGGGAUAUCAGCAAGGCUACAAACGGGGAGCUGCCCAAGGACCCCGAGGUUUGUCUCGAGGUAACGCUCAAGCGAUGCGAUCUUAAAGGAUCCUAAGGACCGUCAAGUUGCGCCACGUUGAACAUUCAGGAUUUUUGAAUGUGUUUGCCCCAGCUCACUUUUAUAACAAUGUUUUUGUUUCUCAUUGGUAAUCUUAUUUUUUUAACUCCUAGCCUACUUAUCAGUCAGCCUGCUUUGGUCUGUCUAGAUCCUCUUAACGUUUUAACACAAAAUGCUGAACUUCACCACAUGUAGGAUUAUCAGCAAGUCUGUGUGAUGUACAACAACAAAUAGAUAUUCCUGUAAACUUGAAAGAUUUCAUUAAUUUAUUUUUUGUACAAAAUAAAUGCAAAAAAUACCCUACCACUGUCGAUCUGAUUCCAUGAAAAUUAUUUUUCUUUUGCCCUGUGCUGUCAGCCACUUUUUCUUUUUGAUCUUAUAAUUUUCAUAAAGGCAUUUAAUGUUUUUUUUUUUAAAACCCACUGUCACCUCUUGCGCCAUCACCUCUUUGUACACUGAUGUUAUUGGUUGAGACUGUUUCAAUAAAGUUGUGUCCUAUUA